UUGACUGUAACUCAAGAAAUAUCAGUGGUUGAAUCAUAGAGAUUUUAAAAGAGACAGACUAGACUGUUGCUCAUAAGAGUGUAACAUGGUUUCUCUGAAUUCCUGUUAGGGACUGAAUUUGGCUGCUAGGCAACAAGAGGACAGACACUCCCAUUCAGUGAUAUUAUAAGAACCUUCUUUUGUUUUUUUUUUUAAUCUCAUGCAGGCUAACAAGAAAGGAUGAAAUCAACAGACCUGUGCCUUAGCUCUCGAGGGGCUGAAGUUGUUCUAGCCACAUCAAGUGAUGAAAAAUACCCCCCUGAAAACAUCAUUGAUGGAAGUUCAGAAACAUUUUGGACAACAACAGGAAUGUUCCCCCAGGAAUUCAUUAUUAGUUUUCAUAAAUGUGUAAAAAUCAGCAAACUCACAAUUCAGUGUUACUUGGUGCGGAGUUUGAGGAUUGAGAAAAGCUUAUCUAAAGAUCCAGCAGAUUUUGAAGUGUGUACUGAAAAAGAUUUACAAUAUACAGAAGGGGCGCUUCAAAGGGAAGAAUUUUAUCUUCCUGAAUUCCAAGCUACCUACUUGCGAUUCAUCAUCAAAUCUGCCUUUGAUCAUUUUGUUUCAGUGCACACAGUGAUGGCAGAAGGAGUAGCAGAAAAUAUUUAAGAUCAAAUUUACACAAUUGCCUCAAAUAUUUUGUAAUGAUAUUUGUAGCAUAAAGGAUAUAUUUAUUAUUCAAACAUUAUAUUAAAAUGGAUUUUUAAAAUAUGGCUCCAGUAUGUUCCCCCCUACCCAGCAAUUUAAUGUGUAAUGUGUAACAACUAUUAAAUCUGGUAAUACAUUUGUAGUUUUCCAAUGUAGAGUACAAAUGAAGAAUUGCUUUUUGCUUAACCA